UUUUUCAGAUGAAACUGAGGCCCCUUCAAGUGAAGUGACUUGCCUACGGCUACACAGCUGGAUCACUCUGGCUACUGUGUUGACAAGAGACUGUGGGGGGCAAGGGUAGAAGCUGGAAAACCUGGAGGAGGCAACUGCACUAGUCUAGAUCUCCUGGGCGUGCUCCCUCUUCCCGCUGCUCAUGCCACUGGGACUGGGGCGGCGGAAAAAGGCGCCACCUCUGGUGGAAAAUGAAGAAGCUGAGCCAGGCCGUGGUGGUCUGGGUGUGGAGGAGCCGGGGCCCCUGGGUGGAGGUGGGGUAGGGGGGCCCCAAAUGGGCUUGCCUCCCCCUCCCCCGGCCCUGCGGCCCCGCCUUGUGUUCCACACCCAGCUGGCCCACGGCAGUCCCACUGGUCGCAUCGAGGGCUUUACCAAUGUCAAGGAGCUGUAUGGCAAGAUCGCGGAGGCCUUCCGGCUGCCAGCUGCGGAGGUGAUGUUCUGCACCCUCAACACCCACAAAGUGGACAUGGACAAGCUCCUGGGGGGCCAGAUUGGGCUGGAGGACUUCAUCUUUGCCCAUGUCAAGGGGCAGCGUAAGGAGGUGGAGGUGUUCAAGUCGGAGGAGGCGCUGGGCCUCACUAUCACGGACAACGGGGCUGGCUACGCCUUCAUCAAGCGCAUCAAGGAGGGCAGCGUCAUUGACCACAUCCAGCUCAUUAGCGUGGGCGACAUGAUCGAGGCCAUCAACGGGCAGAGCCUGCUGGGCUGUCGGCACUACGAGGUGGCCCGGCUGCUCAAGGAGCUGCCCCGAGGACGCACCUUCACACUGAAGCUCACGGAGCCCCGCAAAGCUUUUGACAUGAUCAGCAUGCGUUCAGGAGGUGGCCGUCCUGGCUCCGGCCCCCAGCUGGGCACUGGCAGAGGGACUCUCCGGCUCCGAUCCCGGGGCCCUGCCACUGUAGAGGAUCUGCCCUCGGCCUUUGAGGAGAAGGCAAUUGAGAAAGUAGAUGACCUGCUGGAGAGUUACAUGGGCAUCAGGGACACAGAGCUGGCGGCCACCAUGGUAGAGCUUGGGAAGGACAAGAGGAAUCCAGACGAGCUGGCCGAGGCCCUGGAUGAGCGGCUUGGUGACUUUGCCUUUCCUGAUGAGUUCGUCUUUGACGUCUGGGGUGCCAUUGGGGACGCCAAGGUCGGCCGAUACUAGGACUCCCACUGGACCUUGCGAUGACCUGAGCCGGGCCUGGUGGGAGCCCCUGGGGUGGGGGCACCACCGCCCAGGCUCCGGCAUCCGGCUCAGCCUGGCCCUGGCCCAGCAGUCCCAGGAUGUGGCAUGGAGGUGGGGCUGAGCCUCUGCCCCACUCCAAUCGGUACCACUCCUUCCUAAUUCCCAGCCUGGCUGGGGUCCCCAGCUACCCCCCUACUCCCACCCUGUUCCCCACCUACCUCAGCCAGAUCAGGCUCUGGGAGAGACCAGCCAGAUUGGGCAGCCAGACCCCGCCCGCAACACUUUCCACAUCAGCGGCCAAACUGGUCCCUCUGUCUCCCUGCGGCCUCGGGUUCUGUUUGGGGGUCCUGACCUCCCUGGUUUCCUGACAUAAGGAAUUCAAAAGGGGGAGCGUCCCCCCCAGCAAAUGCAAUAAUCCCCCCUCCCGCCAUUCCUCCAGAGGAGCUCCCUACCUCUGCAUUUGAAACACAAGUCUGCUGUGAACCCCCACCUCCCCACCCCACUCCUAUGUCUCCCUCAGCCCAGCCCUGGGCAGACAGGGCAUGAGGAAUGAUGGCGGUGGGCUUUUGUAUCUGAAUUUGCUGUCGAACAUAAAGACUCUGCUGUUGGACCUGU